AUGCCCUCUGCUGAGACAUCCAACAAGGCUUUCAUCGAUGCUGCCGCUCAGGUCAUUCAAAUACUGGCAGGUGCGGUGACGUUGCAGGACAGUAACCCCGAACACCUUCGGUUGGCUAUGCAGGUGGGGGAUAUCUUGUCCCAUGUUUUUGAAACCUAUGGCAUUUCGGCCACUGUGGUCCCCCCGGUCCUGCUCUCAGCAGCCAUGGAUAUGCUAGAACACCUGGACCGCACUCGGCAAUGUUUUGUUAGUGCGCCGAUGUGGAAGAACAUCACCGCCGAUGAUCCCCAGGUCCAGCAGCAUCCAUUGAAAGACAAGGCCCGCACCCUCUUUGUAUCCAGGCCGGUGCCAUCAACAUCCACCGCCGGGGUCACAAAGUCGACGCCAGCACCGGGCCCAUCAAGGCCAAAGCCCAAGCCGGCGUUGAAGAAGAAGCUGGCGAAGGGUAAAGUAGACAAGGGUAAGGGUAAGGAAGUGGUGCCGCCGCCAGAAGAUGUGGAAGACGUUCAGGGACGAGGCCGUACUCUGGCCAUUGAGAAGAGGAGAAGGGACUCCAGUUCCAGUCGACCACCGGCGCUGCCUGGUGACCGUGAAUCAUCAUCUGAGAAUUCCAGCCCCACCGCCGGUGCAACAACCUUGAAGAAGCAAAAGGUCGCGAAGGUGCCAUUGCCGUCACCGGCCGUUGGGCUACAGGAUGAUUCUGGCGCUACCAUGGAUGCUCCGGAGUUGGUGCCGCGAUGUGACCAAUGCAUCAAAUUAUCCUUUAUUUGUCGUCAGGGAUAUGGUGCUGCCGGCGCCGGACUCAAAGCCUGUGCCUGGUGCUCAAGGCUGAAGCUUAAGUGUUCCCGCUCCAAGAUUGAGACCGCCCCGGUGCCGAAGGCCGCCGUCCCCCUACAGAAGAUAUCCUUAUGGAAGGUGAUGCUGCAGCGCCCCAUGCACCCAUAUAUUCUGUGCCAGCCGAUUGCGACUUUAUCGCCCGAUAGUCGCUCCUCAGAUCCUGCCAAGUCAUCCUCGCCCCCCACACUUGAUCCUCCCAGGGAGUCAGUUGUUCCCUCCCUCCAGCAUUCAAUGGAGGUGGAUUCUGAGGGAGAUGCCAUGGUCAAUGACUUGAGGGCAAUGACAUUGGUGAUGAAUGACAAUGCCGCACCGCUUUCAAAGCGGCUGAGCCUCCAGCACGCCGCCUGA